GCGUCAUGGACGUAGCCUCGCCGCGUCGCCGCUCCUGCCGGUCCGUUAGCAGCGUAGUGCAGGGGAACAGCCUGCUGUGCGUCGGCCUGCGGAAGUGCGCCAUGGCCACCUCAGCAACGUCAGUAGCCGCCGGUGCGGCCGGCUCCUCGCAGCACGGCUGCCUGCUGCUGAGCGCCAAGCACGCGGCGUUCAAGAGUAGGCAUCCGAUGAUGAAGAUCUCCCUGCCAAGGCAAGCGGGGACCGAGCCACAAAUUCUUUCUUGUUUUGCGUUUCUAUGGCGGGGUGUUGUGUGUGUGGUGUUAAGGUGUUCGCAGCAGUCGGUGUGGUCGUACUUCGAGCUGCCGGGCGACCGUAGUGACAGCAGGGCAAGGGAGGAGCCUCUCGUGUUCGUCCACGGCACCUCUGGGACGGCGUCGUGCUUCUUCCUGCAGAUGGAGGAGCUCGCCAAGAAGGUGCUGCGGAGAUACAUUGCGCUAUUACAGAGAUACAUACCGCUUUCUGGAUGCUCUGCUGAUGCCUAUCGAUAUAUCGCACCACACGAGGCCACAUCGCAUCGUGUGUGUGUGGUUGGGUCUGUCCUGUCUGUCAGGGUUACCGUGUGAUAUCGUGUCAGUAUGCCGCCUGCAAAGACGUCCGUGAUUGGGUCAAGUCGUUCGACAGGUUCCUCGACGCACUCUCCAUCACCAAGGCGCACCUCUUCGGCGCUCAGCUAGGUGACAAGACCACUCACUUCACACGCACAUACACAUACGCACACACACACAUGAUGCCAAUUAAUGUGUAUCUCAUUGCCACACACGAUGCUCAGGUGGCUUCCUAGUCCAGUCGUAUGCGGCCAGCCACCCCGGCCGCGUGUGCAGCCUCAUUCUCUGCAACGCCUUCAGCAGCACGGCCCACUUCGCCGAUGCGACGCCCUGGCUGUCACUCAUCGCCUAUCUGCCCGGCAUGGUGGUGCGCCGUUUGGCCCUGGAGGCCUUCCCCCGGUGGGACAAGAUCGGCACCGACAUGUGUCAGAAGGAAGCGGCGGCCUUCAUGCACCACCAGCUGUCAUCGGUGCCCACCAAGGACCUGGUCUCGAGGCUCACGUAAGGCAAUAAAUAAAUAAGGGUCGGGAGAGAGGGAGGGGUGGAUGGGUGCAUGUGUUGUCUUUUGGUCACAUGUCAGCUUGAAUUGCACGGCGAAUAGUGUGCCGAGUGUGUUGCCAACAGAUCAGAAGCGCAUCACACUGCUGCACGUGGCCGACAAGACGCACAUACCUGAGGCCCUCACACAAGACGUCAAGAAGAGGUCAGUGAGGAGCAGGAGCCCAUCAACCCACCCAUCCAUUCUUUCUCUCUCUCUCUCUUCCUCUGUCUCUCUCUGUGGGUUAAUGUGUGUCUGUCAGAUACCCCCGGGCACGUGUAGCCGAGUUGAAGUCGGGCGGGGACUUCCCGUACCUCAGCCGCCCCGAUGACGUCACGCUGCACAUCGUUGUGCACCUGCGGGCCGCAGGGGUCUUCCCCCAAGCACACCUGACUACAAGACACGACAAGGUGACACACAACGGGGUGGGGGCGGGGGCGGUGGGGGGGAGUGUGUCGUCACGGUGUGGGUGCCUGAGUGACGAGGAGAGGGCUGCCAGGAAGAGGAAACAAAUGGAAUGGAAGAACCCAUUCGCUGACUGACUGACCCGGCCCAUGUGUGUGUGGCUGGGCUGACUCGAUGAAUGGCC